AUGGGCGGAGGCGACGGGGCCGCAUUUAAGCGGCCGGGGUACGGCUCCCGCCUCCAGCGUGUCCUCGGGCUUGGCUCCCGCCAGGCUCCCCGCUCUCUGCCCGCCCGGGGCCCCGCGCGCCGCACCGCGCCUCCCGCGCCAGGCCAUGCGAACGCGGGCCCCGCCGCGAUGAGCUCGCACAUCGCCAAAAGCGAGUCCAAGACGUCGCUGCUGAAGGCGGCGGCGACGAGCGGGGGCAGCCGGGUUCCCCGCCACGGCCCUGCUCGGGAGCCUGGGCUGCCUAGCCGCCGGCUGCCCGGUACCUGCCCUGGCACGCCACCGCCGUCCGGGGACCCCAGUUCGCGGAGGCCCCUGUGCUGGCCCACGCCGCGAGAGGAGGGCGUGCGGGAGAGCCGGCGCGGGCUCCCCCAGGCGCACUGCAGGCCCCGGGAGGCGCUGCCGGCUGCGCUGUCCCGACCUUCGCCCCCGUCGCCGCUGCCGCUAGCCCGCGGGCGGGAUGGGGAGGAACGGGGGCUGUCCCCGGAGCUCGGCCUCCGGUGCUCGCAGCGAGCCCCGGGUCGAGGGGUCUCGGCUCCAGCUGCCGCGUCGGAGGCAGACCCGUUCCUCCACCGGCUGCGCCCCAUGCUCAGCUCCGCCUUCGGCCAGAUGCGCCAGGAGGAGACGACCAGCUACAGGGUGGUGCAGACGAGCGAGGAGGGGCUGGCGGCUAGCGGCGAGCUCCCCGGACCGCUCCUGACGCUGGCCCAGAACUGCGCCGUCAUGCACAACCUGCUGGGCCCUGCCUGCAUUUUCCUGCGCAAGGGCUUCGCUGAGAACAGGCAGCCUGACAGGUCACUGCGGCCAGAGGAGAUUGAAGAGCUCCGAGAGGCCUUCAGAGAAUUUGACAAGGACAAGGACGGCUAUAUCAACUGCCGGGACCUGGGCAACUGUAUGCGCACCAUGGGCUACAUGCCCACCGAGAUGGAGCUUAUUGAGCUGUCCCAGCAGAUCAACAUGAACCUGGGUGGCCAUGUGGAUUUUGAUGACUUUGUGGAGCUAAUGGGACCUAAACUCCUGGCGGAGACGGCCGAUAUGAUUGGAGUUAAAGAACUGCGAGAUGCCUUCCGAGAGUUUGACACCAACGGUGAUGGGGAGAUAAGCACCAGUGAGUUGCGAGAGGCCAUGAGGAAGCUCCUGGGUCAUCAGGUGGGACACCGAGACAUAGAGGAAAUUAUCCGUGAUGUGGACCUCAAUGGGGAUGGCCGAGUAGACUUCGAAGAGUUUGUCCGGAUGAUGUCCCGCUGAGGCCCAAGGGCCCCUCCAGGACCGCCAAGCUCCCACCAGCGGGAGAAGAGGAGUGGAGCUCGCCUCACCCCGCUGUAGCUGCCGAGGGCCCAGGACGUACUGGCGGACGGGGCCUGCCUGCACCCCGGGGAGGUGCCCACCCCGGACCCCCACCCCUCCGCACUGUGAAAGACUCGUGAUUCCUGCAACUGGAAAGGGAGGCGCCCGCCGACAAGGAGGCCACAGUGCCAAGCCCGCAGAGGUCAUGCAAGGCGCCAAGUGCCAUGUGCCCAGCCACUGCUGGCUGGGAGGGCCAGGGAGCCCGCCAGCAGAUCCCACAAUAGCAUGUCUGCCCUGGGGCAAAGCCUCUUGCUGCCCUCCUUAGCUCUGUGCCCAUCCCAGCUCGCCGCAGCCCUGUUAUCUCAGAACCAAUAAAAAUAUU